GCGGCGGCUGCUCCGGUAGGCGCUACCGCCACUGCCGGGAGCUCCAUGGGCUUCUCCUGGGCGCCGCCGGGUGUCUGGCCGAGACCAGGGAGCCGCGGCGCCUCGUGCCCGGGAGCCAUCGCUGCAGCCCGAGGCCGGGCCCCGGGCCGGGGACGGCAGGAGGAAGCGACGGCGGCUGCGGAGGGAGCCUCACUAGGGGCCUGGGACUGGGGAACUGCCUCCGACUUCACGAUGCCAGUAUGGACAGAAUAGCCUAUGAUGCUCAUCCCGACCCACCACUUCCGAGACAUUGAGCGGAAGCCAGUGUACCUCCAGCCGGAGAAGUGCGUCCCGCCUCCCUACCCCGGUCCUGCGGGAGCCAUGUGGUUCAUCCGAGACGGCUGUGGCAUCGCCUGCGCCAUCGUCACCUGGUUUCUGGUCCUCUACGCGGAGUUCGUGGUCCUCUUUGUCAUGCUGAUCCCGUCCCGAGACCACGUGUACAGCAUCAUCAACGGGAUUCUGUUCAACCUGCUGGCCUUCCUGGCCCUGGCGUCCCACUGCCGGGCCAUGUUGACGGACCCCGGGGCCGUGCCCAAAGGAAACGCCACUAAAGAGUUCAUCGAGAGUUUACAGCUGAAGCCGGGCCAGGUGGUGUACAAGUGCCCCAAGUGCUGCAGCAUCAAGCCUGACCGAGCGCACCACUGCAGCGUCUGCAAGCGAUGCAUUCGGAAGAUGGACCACCACUGUCCCUGGGUCAAUAACUGCGUGGGCGAGAACAACCAGAAGUACUUCGUCCUGUUUACAAUGUACAUAGCGCUCAUCUCCUUGCACGCCCUCAUCAUGGUGGGAUUCCACUUCCUGCGCUGCUUCGAAGAAGACUGGACAAAGUGCAGCUACUUCUCGCCACCCACCACGGUGAUCCUGCUCAUCCUGCUGUGCUUCGAGGGCCUGCUCUUCCUCAUCUUCACAUCAGUGAUGUUUGGGACGCAGGUGCACUCCAUCUGCACAGACGAGACGGGCAUUGAGCGCCUCAAACGAAAGCACCAGCCCAGGGAGCACCAGGGCAGCUGGGCGACGGUGCAAGAGACCUUCGGUGGGGCCUUCUCCCCGAACUGGUUCAACCCCUUCUCUGGCCCGUGCCACCCAGAGCUGCUGAACGACGGGGGCUGGGUGCGACAGGCGGAGCCCGCGUCGGACCACACGGCGUCGGAGGAAACGUCGGAGGCACAGCUGCAGGAGAGGAAGUCGGAGGACUCGGCGGAGGUGACAGAUGAGUGACGCUGUCGUGCGGAGGAGCCGCCGUCCACCGGCUCCUGGGAACCACGCAGUCCCCGAUCCCCACGGCCACUCCCUGGGCACUGCCGUGGGCAGCCCUCCUUCCUCUCCCCAUGGGGGGCCAGGUGACUGGAGGACAAGAGGCCGUCUCUGAGUUCACGGGAGAAGAGUGUCGGGGCGGGACUGCGGGGAGAUGCUCUCCCCCCCGCCCCCAGGCGCCCCUCAGCCUCACCCAGCGAAGGGGGUUCCGGAUGGGGCCUGGAGCAGGAAAGAACUUGCCUUUGGUUUUCUCCGGACGCUCCGUGCAGAGGGCGCCCCCUGCUGCCUGCCCAGGCCAGGGGCAAGCCCAAAGCCCCAUCUCCCUGCAAGCCCGCUGACCCAAGGCCAGCGGGUCCCCACACCCACACAAUGCCCACGGUCCCAGUUAGGACAGGAGCACUAAACUCGGCUCCCAUCCCCUGGACCUGGAGCCGUCACUGGUCCUGCCUUGAGGCUACAAUUUGUCCCUUCCCAGGUGGGUGGCAGGGGCCCACUUAGGGCCCCUGGGGAGUCUCCGGCCUGCCCCACGGGAACCUUUACUCGCCCUCCUGAAGGAAGUUGAACCACCCAUGGGCCACAACUGACAGAAAUCUGGCCUGUGUUUCGCCUCACUUCUCCCAAGAUCUUGCCGCUCUUGUCUCUGGGUGGGCGGGAGGGGGCCAGGCCUGCCAGGAAGACAGACCAACCCCCCCCCACACCCCCACACAAUCAGGAGGCUGGGACCCCGUCACCCCACGAAGGCUGAAGGCCUGAGCAUGGAGAACGCUGCCAGUCACUGGGAAAGCACCUCCUGUGCAGAGGGGCUCGGCCCCGGUCCAGUACAAGAGUGGGUCCCGCAGCCCUCCCUCCCCGCAGAGGCCCGUUCUCUCAGUGCACUGCCCGACCUAGUGCAGUGUGUCAGCUCCCCUCCCCCGCUCCAGACGGGAGCGCAUGCCCUGGGAACCAGGGGCCUGCAGCCCCUGCUGACCCCCCAGGCUCGGGGCUCAGCGCUAAGGGGCCGGCCCCCUGUCCUGACGGCUGCUCAGAGCGCCCUGCCAAGUCCCAGGAGAGGGUGGUGGCGGGGCUCUGGCACUUACUAACGCCUGCGAGGGCGGCCCUGGCCAGCCCUGGGGCCCGUUGACGUGGUGCCAGGGCGGGGGCAGCGGCUCUCAAGUCGGGGGAGCCGUUCUCCGAGGUGGGGGCAGCGGCUGUGCUGACUCAGAAGGCAGCCCCGGGGGUCAGCAGGGCGGAUUGCGCAGCAGACUCCACACCAGGGGGGGACUCAGUGCUGUCCCUGAAGAGCCUGCGAUAGACCUCAGAUUAAGCAGAGGAUUUGCCGACCUCUGCAGAGCCCAGGCCAGGUCCAGGGGGUGUGCUGGAUAAACCCCGGGUCCCCAACAUGCCUGAAACUGCUCUUCCUCAGGAUCUUGGCCCCAAAGCUAUUCCCUGUGCAGACCCUUGGUGGGCAGGCACUGAACCUGCGCCCAUCCCUGUGCCAGGCCUCAACCGUGGCAGAGCCCCUCCUGGGAGGGCUGGACCGUGGGCCUCAUGUCCUCCUCACACCAGUGACACAGUGGCCAUCUCUGGUGGCUGUCGCCAGCCUAACAUUCCACCUAGCCGCUAAUGGAAAGCGCUGCAGCUUACUCCAAACCAUUUUGUCCUGCUGGGCGGGAGGCCGGCACCUGCGCCUUCCUCUCAAUAAAAGGCUCUUUGCGUGA